UUACAGCCUCUCAAGUAAACCACUGCACUAUUUAUGAAGACUUGUUGUUCAGUAUUCAUCACUCCAACUCCAACUCCAACUCCAUCUCAUGGCAAUCACAACGAGGUUCCUCCUUCUCCUCUUUCUGAUCUCGCUAUGCUUCGCAGGAACCGUUAGAUCUGUAAGACAUCAUGAAGAUUGUGUGUACUCUGUUUACAUUCGGACCGGGUCGAUCAUCAAGGGAGGAACCGAUUCCAUAAUCGGGCUCAAGUUGUACGACGCAUACGGCUACUACAUAUACAUCACGAACCUGGAGGCAUGGGGCGGGUUGAUGGAUCCGGGUCACGAUUACUUCGAGCGGGGCAACCUAGAUAUAUUCAGCGGCAGAGCACCUUGCUUGGACGGACCCGUAUGCGCUGUGAACUUGACCUCGGACGGGUCGGGUCGCCAUCACGGGUGGUACUGCAAUUACGUGGAGGUGACCUCCACAGGGGUGCAUAUCCCCUGCGCUCAGCAGCAGUUCACGGUGGAGCAGUGGCUGGCUACGGACACAUCGCCCCAUCAGCUUUGGGCUGUAAGAAACUACUGCAAUUACGACUUGGGCCAGGCCCGUCAAAAACCUGAAUCCACCGAUGAUACCAGAUUGGGCUCUGGGUCUGGUUUUGGUUUCUCUAUUAUGGGCUCGACCGUCCGUGCGUAGGGAUACACCAAUAAUUUAAGUGGUAGUUAUGGUUAUAGAGUUGUUUGGUAACUUUUUUUAUUUUUGGGUGCUUUUGUUGUCGUAUUAUAUUUGCCAUGUAAUGUAAGGAGAGUGUCCUCGGUAGCCUUGCUCUUUAUUGCAAAGGGUUCUAGAGUCAAGAACCCAUAUUAUAUAUAUAUAUUUGUAUUAUUAUUUAAUAAAGAGUUGCCAUCACCAAUGUCCUUUGGAUUUUUCGUUAA